AUGUUUAUGAACAGAAAAGCAAAAAUAUCACAUGAACAUUCAAUAAAUGAAAAAGCUGAAACGCCAAAUAUCCAUGAAAACAAAGCACAACAAAACGAGAAAAGUGAAGGAAGAAAAGUUUUUCGCUUUACUUCUGUGGAGCUAAAUGUGGAGAAUGUGGCAACAACAAAAGCAUUGAGAUUAAGGAAAAUUUCUCAUUUCUGA